AUAAAAGUAGAUUAAAAAACGCGGUCUACACGUGGCACGAUCACGGCCGUCACUGGAGACUGGGCUGCCACGUCAGCCCUCAAUCUGAUUUUCUCGUGGUGGGGAACUUAACCGCCAACAGGUGCUUGCGCGCGCCUUUGCAUCAUCCGCCAUAUCAUCCUCACUUUGCUCCUUUCUACUCUUCCCUCCCAGCUAGGUUUUCUAGAAUUUAGGGCAAGACAGGGAGGGAGAAGCGCGGAUUCUCCGAUCGAUGGCGCAGAGCUGCCGUCGGCUGGGAUUCCCAUGGCGCCAGUGAUCCGGUGGUGAAAUUUCGGGAUCCACAUCGCCGAGCGCUCCAGCAGCAUUGCCGAUCGAGAGCGGGCUAUGGUGGGAAGCCCAGGGGCCGCGACGCUGCCGCAUUUUAGGGUUUUGGAGGAGGCUUAGGGUUCUCUCGCGCGGGGAAGAGAAGCAUGAGGAGAAAGAUCGCGCUGAGCUGAGCUGAUGCUCGCAAAAUGCUUUUCGAUCAUGAUUCUGCGCAAAACGUGCGAGAAAGAGCUGCGCUCAAGUUGCCCCGACCUUCGGAGUUUAUCGGCCCCGACGAUGAGCCUCCUCCUCCUAUCACUGCGAGAACAGCCGGUUUUGGCAUCACGCCUGCGGAGAUUGCCAAAUGGGAGGGCAACACGGAGGAGUUGGAGGCAUACGAUGGUUUUGAUGGCAUUGCGCGCGCACUGAAGAUCGAUCCGCAAAAGGGUAUUGAUGCCACCCCGGUGGAUAUCAAAGCCAGGAGAGAUGCUUUCGGUCCAAACACUUACCCGCUCAAGAAAAGAACACCAUUUUAUAUGUAUGUUUGGGAAGCUUUGCAAGAUGAAACGCUGAUGAUAUUGAUUUUGUGCGCGAUAGUGUCCUUGGCUGUUGGACUCACAACCGAGAAACCCAGCGAAGGGUGGUAUGACGGUGGAGGCAUUUGUUUUGCUAUUGUUGUUUGCGUCAUGGUAGCUUCGUUAAGUGAUUAUAAUCAAGCCAACCAGUUUCAAAAGCUCAGUGCCGAGAAAAGGAAGAUUUAUAUAAAUGUGACAAGGGGUGGUCACAGGACGAAAGUAUCGAUUUUUGAGCUUGUAGUUGGUGACAUGGUUCAUCUUGCAAUCGGUGACCAGAUUCCAGCCGAUGGACUCGUAUAUGUUGGGCAUUCUUUGAUUGUUGACGAAUCAAGCAUGACUGGCGAAAGUGACCCUCUUCCAAAAGAUGAAGAGGAAAAACCAUUUUUAAUGUCAGGCACCAAAGUGCUUGACGGUUUUGGGACAAUGCUGGUCACUGCCGUUGGAAUGCGAACUGAAUGGGGAAGAGUUAUGGCCACACUCAGUGAAGACAAUGACGAGGAAACUCCACUUCAAGUCCGACUGAACAAUUUAGCAACAAUAAUCGGGAAAGUGGGCUUAUCCGUUGCGGUUGUGUGUUUUAUUGUUUGCGUCAUACGAUUUCUAUGCCAGACAAAUUUGAAACAUUUCAGCUCGGAGGAUGGUCGACAAAUAGUUGAAUACUUUGCUGUUGCAGUGACGAUUGUGGUCGUAGCUGUCCCCGAAGGUCUUCCGCUCGCAGUCACCUUGACGCUUGCUUAUUCUAUGAAGAAGAUGAUGAGCGACCGUGCACUGGUCCGACAUUUGUCAGCUUGCGAAACUAUGGGCUCUGCAACUGCUAUCUGUAGUGACAAAACUGGCACAUUGACAAUGAAUAUGAUGACUGUUAUCAGAUCAUGGGUGUGUGGCAAAUUAAGGGAGCCAACUGAUCUUGAGAAUAUCAGUGAAGGUGUGCGUAAGGUAUGGCAACUCUGGUUUGAUCUUUCAGUUUUUACUUCUUUCUGGCAGCUUUUGUUUGAAGCUAUUUGCUUAAAUACGAAUGCAAGCGUUGAAAUGCAUGAGGGCGCUCCUCCAGAAAUAACUGGGACUCCUACGGAAGUGGCUGUUCUUGGAUGGGGCAUAAAGCUCGGUGGGAAUUUCGAUCGAGUGAAGAAAAGCGCAACAGUAACAGAAGUUGAUGCGUUCAAUUCAACCAAAAAGCGCAUGGCGGUGAUUGCGAAGACAGAAGAUGGAAAAGCAUGGAUUCAUUGGAAAGGUGCUUCAGAAGUUGUAUUGGCUCAAUGUUCAAACUUUAUGGAUGAGCAAGGGAAUGUCAGCCCUUUGACGCCUGAAAAGUUGCAAGAGCUACAAGAAAUCAUCGACACCUUUGCAAAUGCCGCCUUGCGAACGUUGUGUCUGGCGUGUAAGGAGUUUCCUCAGAAUGAGUUUCUUGCACGGCCUCCUAAGAAGCAUUCGACUAUUGGACCUCCAAUCCCAGAAGAUGGCCUGACUUGUAUAGCUAUCGUUGGAAUCAAGGAUCCAUGCAGACCUGGUGUUCCUGAAGCUGUUCACAAGUGUCAAAUUGCUGGCAUUAAGGUCAGGAUGGUAACUGGAGACAACAUAACAACUGCCAAAGCCAUCGCCGUAGAAUGCGGAAUUUUGACAAACGGAACUGCGAUUGAGGGCAAGGAUUUUAGAAACAUGUCGCCAGACGAACAAUAUGAAAUUCUUCCGGCGAUACAAGUUAUGGCACGGUCAUCUCCAACGGAUAAGCAUACUAUGGUCAAGAGAUUACUGGAAAUGGGGGAGAUUGUAGCAGUGACAGGGGAUGGAACCAAUGAUGCUCCUGCUCUUCAUGAGGCAUCCAUUGGGCUUUCAAUGGGAAUUACUGGUACAGAAGUUGCAAAAGAAAGCUCGGACAUUAUUAUUAUGGACGACGAUUUUGCAUCGAUAGUGAAGGUCGUGAGAUGGGGGCGCGCUGUUUAUGCGAAUAUUCAAAAAUUCGUGCAGUUCCAGUGCACUGUCAAUGCUGUUGCCUUGAUGCUAAACUUCAUAUCGGCGCUGUCCGAGGGUGCAGCUCCUUUGACAGCCGUUCAACUGCUAUGGGUGAACCUGAUCAUGGACACAUUAGGGGCUCUUGCAUUGGCAACUGAACCUCCUAAUGACGCUGUCAUGUAUAGGCCUCCGAUUUCAAAAGAAGCACCGCUGAUUAACAAUAUCAUGUGGCGUAACAUUAUGGGUCAAGGAAUGUAUCAGUUAGCUUUGCUCUUAGUUUUGAAGUUCAAAGGGAUUGAAAUACUCAACCUGAAGGACGAUCCUAAUGCACCACCGCCUCCACCACGCAGUGCGCAUGCUAAGCCCGAGGGUGCAGCUCACGAGAAAUUGGUUUGUAUCAUUUUUAACGCCUUCGUUUUUUGCCAGGUUUUUAACGAGAUGAACGCCAGGAAUCCUGAAAAAAUUAACGUUUUCAAGGGUUUUACAAGCAAUCGUUUGUUCAUGGGUGUCAUUUUGUUUACAGCCAUCGUUCAGGCGCUGCUCGUUGAGUACGGUGGAACUAUAGUUAGCACAAUUCACCUCGAGUGGAACCAUUGGAUUUUGUGCGUUAUCCUAGGUGCCAUAAGUUUGCCGCUGGCAGCCCUUGUCAAGCUAAUACCCAUCCCCGACAGGCCAUUCGGCGAGUACCUCAUCUUCUGGCGGCGAAAGAAGCACAGGAAACAAAAGCUCCUCACGCGCAGUGGAAGAUCCAUCAAGGGAAUUAUGUUCAACCGGCCUCCCAGCGCCACCACGGGAGCGCCUCCCGCUCCAAAAAAGUUUUAUGACACGGCCGGGAUCGAUGCGCAAGGCGUGCCCGCGGGGCCUCCUCGGCGGCUCUCGGAUCUGGCGAGACGGCCUUCGGCGGAGCGGAGGAAAGAGUCGCUUACGGGUGCGCUGAGCGCUCCCACGGUGACCACGGCCUCCACCACCGAGGGAGGCGUUUUGACGAAAGUGCUGGGCAGUCCUCCCGAGCCCGGCGCUGCGACGGAGCAAGCGCCACUGCGGAGGAACAGUCAGGCAUGGGCGGAGGAGGCUCCCACGUCCUGAGUUUCGUGAGUUUGAGCGUAUAGACAACUUUGCUGUACAGCUUUCUUUUUUUUCUCUUUCUAGUUCCUCACUGUUGUAGUACAGCAAUAUCCAUAUGGUUGUUAAAGUAGAAAAAAGAGUAAUUUUCAACAAAUCUAGAUUUACACAUAAGUAGAAUUAUUACUAAAGGUUUUUUUU